UUGUAUUCUCCACCGAGCCAAAGAAAACAGAACCGACUUUAUCAAGGACUGUAGCAACUGUUCAAUCAACACUUUCCUCAGAGAAGGCUGCAACAAGCCAUCCGUCUGAGCCGUUCACACCAGUGGUUGCUAAACUUGAUCAAGCAAGAAAAACAUCUAAGGACAACAUGCUAAACAAAAUUCUCAUAAUUGGUGCUCCUGUGGGCGGCGCCAUUCUCCUGGUCAUCAUAUUCGUAAUUGUCUUCUCCUUAGCGCGGAAACGUUCACGCAAAAGAAGACAGCUGCUUCAAAAUGGCGCCAAGCCAAGGCGGUCGAGAGAUAUGGUAACAAGAGGGGCGUACAGCGUCCGAUAUGAGUCUCCUUCCGCGGCAUCCACCCUCGGUGGAGACUCCAUGACCGAGGGGCUGUUAUCUACUUCAGAUGAACCAGAUCAACCUGAAAUUCUUGUAGAGCAACCAAAUGGAACAGUACCGAGCACAGACACGGAAAAUGUCCCUUUGGUGGCUUCCGGUUAUUCAGAAAAAUGCGAUCCUUUGCGGGUUGAUUUGAAUUCGGAGCAGAGUAAACUCGACGACGGGGCAUCUGCGGGAUUGUACGACAGUAUUGGAUCUCUGACAAAAAUUGGAUGCGCGCCCAAUGGCAAAAGUGAUGAUGAAGAUCGUUAUGUCACUCAAGAUCAAAUCAACGCCGCGCGCCAAGCCACGUGUGAGAGGUCUCAGGCUCAGGCUUCUCUGGACGAGGGUCAUUAUAAAACACCCAAAGAAGUAGCGAUGGAGGACUUCUAUAAAAGACCUAAGGAUGUUCUUAAUGGCAGCAACACGUACGUGAAUAUGAAUGGACCGCAAACAGAAAACUUAUAUGAAACCGUCGGGCCAAAAAGGCCUGAGGAGCCAGUAUACGAGAAUACGCCCGGUGGUGCUGAGGAGCACGCAGAUACUGAGGGUGGAAUACGACCCGAUUUAUUGUAAAAAGAAACAUAGAAGACUUUUGCAGUACAGGAAUAAAUUUUUUCUCAAACGUUUAGGUAAACAUCAUUGGAAGCCUUGACAGCUAACUUAGAAGAGUGAUGAGGCACGGUCUUCUUAAGCAAUGAAGUGUUUUUCGUAUUACUAUAACUAAAGUAAUCAAAACGGCCCCCACAGGUUUAUGAAGCGCGGGAAAACGCGUGCGACCUGAUUGGUUGCGAGUGUGGAAUGAGUUUUCUGGACCAAUAGCGAAGCGAGGUGAAGAAAAACGUAACGAAUGCAAUCGUGGUUAACCCUUUUCCUCCUAAGAGUGACUGGCAUCUAAUUUCUCCCUACAAUAUCAGCCCUGAAUCACUCGUUAAAGUCACGAGAAUAAAAGAAAUGAUCAACAAUUGAAGCUCUUGAUUGUUUAACAAAUUCUCCUUGUCAGCACCUAAAGAAAUGUAUCGAGAACAGUAUGGAGAAUAUGCAUACUGAUAUUAGGGUCUAAAGGGUUAAGCCACGAUUACUUUUGACACUCAUUCUAAGAAAAAGGAGCGAGGAUUUAUACGAGCGUCUUAUGUCCGAUAAAAAGGGACAGGUGCUCUUUUCUCGCCCGUGCCCGCUUCUACGCACGCAUAUACAACUCUCGCCCAUCUUUCCUAGUCUGUUCUUGUUACUACGUAUUACAUUGGCCAACAGAAACUUUACUACGGUUUCUCAGAGUGUUCAUAAAUGAGGACAAUUAUUUUUCAGGUCGCACGACGGUUUCUUUGAACACGUAAAUUGUAGAUAACGAGGAAGAAAAAUUGAAUGUACUAUUUCACCCCUUCUUUUCAAAUUUUUCCUCGACCAUGUCUCCUCCUCCCCGAGUUUUCCUAUUUCCUUUAUACCGUCCGUAGAAUCGUUAUCUUUCGGCCAGUACGAAGACUUACCGAAUUUGACUUCGCAAUGACUGGGCAAAUGUCGUAAGGCUUCGUCUUCGUUUCAAGCCCAAUAACAGUAAUACUGCAAGUGGAUAGGAGGGGGAGGGGAGGGGAGUGUUUGGGUUUUGUUAAAAAACAUAGAAGUAACUUUAAAACUAGUUUUGUUUAAGAGCAAAAAAUUCAUAACAAUAGAUUUUUGUUGAACAUUUUUAAUGAUGUAUGACUAAGUCAAAAUGAAAAUAGAAUAAAAAUGCAAAGAAACAACUGCUGACUUAUAUCUUAAAUUCCACAUAAAUGAAACAUGCUCCCUUUUAGGGCUUAAAUAUUGCUUUGAGCUUGGGGAUAUUUAGUAAACGAUAACAAUAAAUAAAGCUCCAUGAGGCACGUUGUCAUUAAAA